AUGCUCAGCAAAGGCCUGAAGCGCAAGCGGGAGGAGGAGGAGGAGGAGAAGGAAGCCUUGGCAGUUGAUGCCUGGUGGCUGGACCCUGGUCACCCAGCAGUAGCACAGGCACCCCCAGCUGUAGCCUCCAGCUCCCUCUUUGACCUCUCGGUGCUCAAGCUCCACCACAGCCUGCGGCAAAGUGAGCCGGACCUUCGGCAUCUGGUGCUGGUUGUGAACACGCUGCGGCGCAUCCAGGCGUCCAUGGUGCCCGCGGCCGCCCUGCCACCUGUGCCCAGCCCACCUGAAGCCCCCGGAGUGGCUGACAGCCUGCUGGCCAGCUCAGACGCCGCUCUCUCAGCCUCCAUGGCCAGCCUCCUGGAGGACCUCAGCCACAUUGAGGGCCUGAGCCAGGCCCCCCAGCCCCUGGCAGAUGAGGGGCCACUAGGCCGCCCCACUGGGGGGGGCCCACCUAGCCUGGGUGGCUUGGAUCUGUUGGGUCCAGCCACUGGCUGUCUGCUGGACGACGGGCUCGAGGGCCUGUUUGAGGACAUCGACACCUCCAUGUAUGACAGUGACCUUUGGGCACCAGCUGCUGAGAGCCUCAAGCCUGGUCCUGUGGAGGGGCCGGGCAAGGAGGUGGCUCCCGAGCUCGAUGAGGCGGAGCUGGACUACCUCAUGGACAUGCUAGUGACCACACAGGCACUGGAACGGCCACCAGGGCCAGGGCGCUGA